AUGAUGGGCGGUCUCCCCGUCGGCUUCGGCUUCAUCUUCCUCUACAACUCGGCCAACAACUACCUCGUUGACUGCUACCAGCACCAGGCCGCCUCCGCCCUCGCCGCCAAGACUUGCAUCCGUUCCUUCUGGGGCGCGGCCGUUGUCCUCUUCACCGAAUACAUGUACGACAGACUCGGUGACCAGUGGGCCUCGUCCCUCCUCGCCUUCCUCAGCCUUGCCUGCUGCGCCAUCCCCUUUGCCUUCUGGAAGUACGGCGCCAGGAUCCGUGCCAAGAGCAAGUACGCCUACGGCGGUGAUGAUGUUCCCACCGGGACGAACGACGUCGAGAAGGCGGCGCACUAA